CCCCCUCCCAGCACCCGUCGUUCCUCACCAUCCUCUCUUUCUAGCCCACCGCUCCUUAUCGCGUCCAACGUCCAACCACAGCUCACCUUGCAUCCAUCCCAACGCCGCCGGCAGACAGCCUUGCGACUCCGCCGAACCCAUUAUCCCCCGCUCCUCCCUUGCCGACCUGUCCUAUCCCUACAACUCCGCCGACCAUGAUUCCGCUUCGAGUGCGAUGAACUCUCGGUUUGGCCCAGGGAUUCGAGAAUCUCUGCAACACCGCGACAGCAGUCGGCCCCAGCGGCCCCAAGGCCCUCAGCCCAUCCCGCAACUCGCACAAUCGACUCCGCGCAGCCAUCAUGCCCAGUACACCGAAGGCAUCGGCCCAGCAAUCGCCGACCACCACCACCCAGCAGACGAUGCGAACAAAACCCGAGGUCUGACGGACACCAAGGCACAGAGUGCUGCUACCUCUGAUGCUGUUCUUCCUCCCGCCCAGAAUGUGUCCCGCCACGUCCAGAAGGGGAGGCCCCACGUCUUCUUCAGCAAUGGCGGCACUACUAUGACUGAAAGUCUUCCUUCCUCGCCCCAAGGGCAGCACGCCGACACUGCUAUCGACUUGCCUCUACCCCCGAGAUCUGGGCAUUGGCUAUUUGCGGAUCUCGCCACGCAGAGUCGCACGGCUCCCCAAGGCAUCGGAUAUAGCAUGGCCGCCACUGGAAAGCCUGCGGGUGCUGAACCCCAACAUCCCGAACCCCUCUUCCCGGGCGGUCGAAACGCUGACAUGUCCUUCUGGACAGGAAAUAACCCUGAAGAUGCAUUGUCGGAGACACUGGUCAAAGCUGGGGUCAGCAAUAAAGCCCAAAUCAUGAACGAGACAAAUACCGCCCGUCCGUCCCUUUGGUCCAAUCUGAAAAGCCGUGCUGGCUUGAGCAAUCUCUCAUCGCUAUUUCUGGCGUUGCUCGAGAAACGACAGUCUUGCGGCCGAAUCACUCUGUCCAGCAGCUUCAAGCCGCCGCCACGAUUGACAUUGCGAGACUCGACCCGAGAGGCAUGGCUACAUGAUCUCGCGAACCCUGCUGUUGGGUUGCGGCGUCUGAGUCGGACCAUCCCACAUGGUAUCACAGGUACUGUGCUCCUGGACCAUUGCCUUAACAAGAAUAUACCUCUCCCCCGAGCAAUAUGGUUAGCAAAAUGUGUCGGUAUCAACGAGAUGCGCUCACACAAGCGGAAAGGACAGGCCGGCACUCUUACCUGGGUCAGAGGCUGGACUAGUUCAGUCGAACAGUUCUUGGAAAUUGCAAUAUCGACCGUGGGCCAGCAGGGGUGGAAACCGCGUGUCACGUAUGCACUACAGCUGGCUACCUCCCUCUACAAAGAGCAGCUGCUCGACGAUGAACAUUUUCUCGAUUGGGUCCUCAAAAAUCUAGCAGCAUGUCCGACGGAACGUUUGUUCUUGUGGUUGAUGAUCGUCUCAAUCUACAGACAAGAUUUAACCUCAUCGAGACGCAGAGGUAAACGCUUGGCAGAGUUGCUGCUCAACCAUAUCACAAAGUUUUACGCUGCCAGCGAAACCAGCCAUGAGCCUACCCUCAUAUGGUACCUGGAGCAGUUACUUCUCAAGAUUCUCGUAACGAGCCCUUCUUGCCUCCUUCUCCCGGACGGUUGGCCCUCACAUCUUCCGGUUCUCCAGCGUCUGGCUUUGAAAUAUCCAGAUUCAAAAGCUCUGAGUACUGUGCAAGAUCUUACCCGUAGAGCGAGGCGGUUAGGCCUGCACUCUCUCAACGAUCAUUCUGCGCAUGUCCCUGCUCGUGAGAUAAUCUCUCUUCUUGAUGCCGUGGAUUAUGCCUCCGACGUCAACGUUGAUGUCCUCGCUAACCAAUGCUGGGAUUGUUUGUCUGACGCGCGUGACUUGGUCUCGAUAACACUGCAGUGGGCGUCGUCCUGCCAUCGAAUAGGAAUGCAUCGGAUCUACCUAGUUGCUCGCUUGCUUUGCAAAUGGUGGCGCUCAGGUAUCGACACCGACGACGCCAUACUGACGUUUUUCCAAUCUGCGAAUUCCAGUAUGGUCAUUGAACCAUGCAACAUAUACCGCAUUGUCGCUGAGUUGGUCCGCUCAAAGACAUUCUCUGUGGGAAGAUAUCUCCAAUGGCUUAUUUCUACUGGGUCUUUCAACCAGAAUUGUGGUUUCACCUCAUCGUCGUUUUGUCCUAUGCGUCUUAUGGUGGAGAUUCCCGUCAGCGGGCUUCCCGAACAUGUGCGCAAUCUGAGAAGUACUCUAUUGCGCGGAACGCCUCAUUCUACCGAGUCCGAGGAGGACCACCUAGAUCAGGCAGAGUACACGAUACGUUCCCGCCUGUGUGGACUCUUCGGGACAGGGGUCUGGAGCGACAUCCAACCAGACAUAGACCUAACUGAAUUUACUCCCACCGUCCAACUCGAAAUCGCGCUCUUUCUGCGGCAUCACGUCGCCUCAAAUGUCAGGACCAGCGAACCGGGGCACACCAAUAACACCCUCGUCAACGGGGAUUGCCCAGUGUCGACGAUCACGCUACGAGACUUUCACCUAGUGCGAUCCUAUCUUGAAGAGUUUGGGCAGCUUUCUAUUCUUGCCGAUGUUAUGGGGAUCAUGGUUACGUCUCUGGAUUUUGAUGUCCUUGCUGCCGCCGCUGACACACUGCAUUACCACCAUCUGGCCUUCAAGGCGAUUGGUGCAUUCAAAGCCCUGUUUGAGAGUAUCAUUCUCCGGUAUUCAAUGUUAAGGACAUUCCGGACUCCGGAGCGAGACGUCCUUCUCGGUCUCACGAGAUUAUGCCAUGCCACGCAAGUAGAUGCUCGGGUCGCGCAACUUCUUGCCAGCGACUUAGGACGGUUGGAGCAACGGAACUCGAUUUCUGCUUGCUCUCCGGUCUCUGAUACCACAGCCGAGGCUAUUCAGAACACGGCCGCCGAGUCUGACGAGGAUAUUGACCGUAUUCUAUGCAACAGUAGCACGUUGGAUCAAGCGGCAAUGACCGAAAUGCUGAACAAGAUUAUGACCAAUCUGUCAGAGCAAAUCACUAAGCGUUCUCUGCAACCAAGCCAGCAUGCCUCAUGGCUUCAUCGUCUACGUGUCCUGAAUGAGGUGGCUUUCGACAUUGCUAUCAUGGAAUGGUUGAAGAACCAGUUUUUACAAUACCGACAAAUGCCCUCGAUUCCUGCCGUCGCCGCACUCGUCACAUCUGGUUGCCUGUCCUUCAUGCAACUACUGAGAGUGGCAAGAGAUUGCUUCGACGAGCAGCAACGCCAUGACCCCGAGAGGGCUCACCGGAUCCCGUUCGCUUUUUUUCACCUCAUCGUGCCCACCGAUCGGCUGACUCCAUUCUGCCACUUCCACGAAGCUUAUCGAUUCCGACUUGAGCAACGAAGUUUUUGCCUUGCCCUACAUGCCGAAGUCCUCCAGUUCCUAAGCGAGACUAUACGUGCUGUGCAGGCGUCACCAGGUCCUGACGGAGAGGCACACUUGGAGUCGUUGCUCUUAAAUUCAGAAGUACGGAACAUACUGAAACAGUACAUCCUAAGCGAUGUCCAAGCAGUUUCACAAGCUUUCGGUAUCAGUUCGUUCAAAUCCGGAGACGUAGCAAUCAGCUCUCCUUUGAAGGUUUUGCUGGACACUCUGCUCGACCCUUGCGACUGCCUUCACUUGGCGAAGAAGAGCAUCAUGCAGCAAAUCGAGCUAAUACCCGAAGCCGUUGACGAGCUGUCUCUCCGCUUUUGCCAGCUUAAGAUUCAGUGUCUCUUCUUCAUGGCAACCGGUAGCACAGAUUGCUCCCGUGACACAUUGUCUAGUGCCUUCUUGACGGCAAUCAUUUCGGCCGCUCAAAAGAAUGACUCUGCGUGCCUUGACCUCGUCGGCGGCUUAGAGCCUGACUUGGCUUUCAAGAUACGUGAGUUCGCCGAACGCGAAGUACUCGGUGCAACAUCGUUCCUUGCAAAUCCUCUUACAACUGUUCUUGGCAACAUACCCAAGGAAGAGGAGGCUCGAAUUGAAAGAUAUCUUGCUAUCAUACGGACUACGUCGUCGAAACUGAUCCGAGAUGAACAGAGUCAGGCAAUUGGACCUCUUGCAAAUCGACUGAAAGGCCUAGCAGAGCUAAUGGACAGACACAGCGAUCACGGCACAAAGGUGAUGAGCUCGGCUGAGCCUCCAAACUGUUGUGUAGCCAUAGCGCAGUGGCUUAACGUAUUACUGCGCCUUGUCGUGGCGCAACGAGUCAUGCUUCUUCACAAGGUCUCGAGCCAGCAUCAAGCUGCUCUUAUGUGGAGUCUGCGACGUGUUUUCACGCACCCAGCUUUGAACCUUCUUCCGUCGAUGAGCGAAUACACAUUCGACGCGGCUUUGUUCAUUUCCGAUGCUCUCCCCGACGAUGUCCGCCUGCAGCUUUCGAAGCUAAACAUUGCCAAGACUCCUAGUGAUUCUCGCUGCGUCUUUCUUUUCGAAUGCUGCGCUACGAAAGAUGGUUGGCUUGCUUUGGUCCGAUCGACAUUGGCAUCGGGCGAGCCGGGCAGUAUGCCGGGGACCUUCUCACCUCAACCCCAAAGCUCAAUCCCUCAAACUCAAUUGCAGUUCGAGAAUGCCCUGCACGUACGCAGUGCGAAUCCUGGCAUGUUGCAGCGGCCGCAACAUCAUCAGCAAUCCCAAAUGCAAACCCAAAGUCACCCCCAAACCACCUCUAGGGGCUAUUUCCAAUAUCCGCAACAUCCUCAACAAAGCAAAACAGUGCCGCAAAUUUCUCCUCCGAGUACAGCACCAGUACACGCUUCCCAACAUGGACAGCUCCAGCAAAUGCACAGGAUUCAGCAGAUGCAAGGUCUUACUGCACAACGCAAUCUGCCACCCUCUCCUGCAAAUACCCAAAGACACUUGAAUGCCACUACGCAUGCUGGGUUGCAUGCUGGCAAGAGCGCGCCUUUGCAGUCGAAGCAAGAAAGUGGCGAUACUGGGAUGACGCCCUUUCUAUUGAGCCCAUGGGAAAUUCUCCCCGAGGCAAGCGGUAACUCUAACCUUAACGAGACCGCCAUCAGUUUGGGUCUGUUUGCGGCCCGAAAGCUAUGAAAUCGCGCUCUGGUUAGCAUGCGGGGCGUCUGUCGUACUCUGCUGGUAUUCUCCCGAGUGGUAAAGCGGUUUUUCUACUCUCUUACACCUUCGCAUCCGGUUCAUGGUGCAUUUUGUGUUGGUCAGGCGGUUCAUGGUGUGGGUUUCAGUGGGAUCGGGAUUAGACUAGGCGUUAUGUGUUGUUUCACGGCAUCGCAUAUUGGAGGUUGCAUGAUGAUAUAGAGUCUUUCCACAUGAUACCCAAAACUUGAAAGCAAGCAAUUGGCGCGCAUUCGGUAUUACAUGUUAUGAAAGGUUGCGCUGGCAGCCUGCGAACUUAGAGUGAAGCUUAAGAUAUACUAGAGUUUCCUCGGCGUUGCAUUGUCGCGAG